CGUGGUGGUGCGUGGUCUGAGCUAGGGGGUCUCAUUCCCCGCUGGGCUGCCGCCCUCCUUGGGCUGCUACAAUGAAUCUCAGCGUCGACUACCUCCGAGAGAAGCUGCAGCGGGACCUGGAGGCCGACCACGUGGAAGUGGAGGACACGACUCGGGACCGUUGUGCGGCCAGCUUCCGAGUCCUUGUAGUGUCGUCCAAGUUCGAGGGAACUCUGAAGCCCCUGCUUCAGAGACACCGGCUCGUUAACAACUGCCUCUCGGAAGAGCUCCAGCAUAUCCAUGCCUUUGGGCAGAAAACCCUCACCCCGGAGCAGUGGGCCCAUGAGAAGCAGAAAUAAGCGACUAGGACCUGCAGGCCCUGGACUUGCGGAAUCUGGGCCCGAUUCGGCCAGUGUUGGGGGAACAUGGGCCCCAGGGCCUGGCUGCUCCCUGCCCCCCUCACUGUAGAGUGUUUCAUGGUCUACCAGCUCCAAGUCACAGAAAGAUCUGUGUGCCCCCCGCUGUGAUGUGACUGGUCUGGGCCAGGCCUCCACCUCCAGGGGGCGAGCUGCUGGUGCUUUCCUGAGUGUCAUGCCCUGUGGUACUUCAUGCCUGUCCCCACCUCC